AUGGUGCAGGCCGUCCUCUCCAACGACCCCACUGUGCAGCUUGAGGCAACCAUGCACUUCAGGAAGCUGGUCUCCAUAGCUUUGCCUCUCUUUGUCAAGCUCUUCAACUCUCACACCGAGGAUGUUCAUAAACAGGCAUGCAAUGAAUUACAUGAGUUACUCUCUUCUAUAUGCGACUUACGUAGAGUGAUGCUUAGGCUGUAA